AGCGGCCAUUUUGGAGAUUGUUUCACCCACAAAAAAAGUUAUGCAGCCCAUUUGUAGUAGUUUACAAAAUAAAUUAACCUAAAAUUGCAACGUAUAUAGACAAGUGUAUAUUUAAAGUUAAUCAAUAAUGAUGGUCCAUCGAAGUGUGAAUCCGACGAAGCAGUGAAACACGCAACUUGCUUGCAAGUGACUAUCUCUCAGCGCACGCACACAUGUAUCUCAAGCACCCCACAUGGAUCCCAACUCCAGCCCCUGGUCUUACGCAUACAAUCGCAUCGUACCCGGUUCCGCCGGCAGCACUGGCAGCACAGCGGAGGAAUUUCAACAUCCGCACCUAGCCACCAUUACGGCAGCAAGUCUCGCCAGCUUCAAUGCGGCUGCGGCGAGCGGUGGCAGUUUUGUGCCGCCAUCCCCGAUCGGCAGCUACAAUCCAGUAUUCCAGCAGAUAUAUCAUCAUGCGGCCGCAGCCAGUGUGCAGCCAAAGCCGGCGCAUUAUGCCUCAACGACGGUCAACACACCGCACCGACAGCUGCAACAGCUGCAGCUGCCCACCACACUGGACAAGCAGCUGAGCAGUUUUCAAAAUCAGGCUGCAGUGGCGGCCGUCUCGUCUGCAGCAGCGGCCGCCGCGGCUGUCAAUAAUGUUGCCUCCAACUACUAUGGUGAGAACUCAUCGUCCAGCGGUGCCUCGCCGUCGCCCACAACUGUCGCUCUUACCUCAACAUCGCUGACGUGGAACACGCCGAACAUGCUGUCCAACACGUUCCUUGCCAUGCAACAGCAGCAGCAACAGGCCCAACAGCAGCAGCAGCAACAGCAGCAAGCCCAACAGCAACUGAAUCUAGUGGCUGACAAAGUGCAAAUCAAACAAGAAAACACACAACAAACAAAAGCGCAAAUCAAAGCGUACAACGAACUAAUUUACUUGACCCAAUUGCAACAACAACAACAACAGCAACAACAACAGCAGCAGCAACAACAGCAGCAGCAGCAGCAACAGCAGCAAGAACAAUUGCAACAUGACAUUACUGAGGCAGAAACAUACUACACAAUCGAUGGUCAAAAGUUGAAGCUCUCACGCAAGGAUCCACAAUCGAUCCACAUCGAACACCAAAAUGUGAGUCCAGCGUAUGCGGCACAGUAUGCGAGUCCCGCAUUGAGUUCAGCGGAUGGAUCACCGAUCACGAAUUUACACACAGUCGAUGUGGGAGGAUCGCCCCAGGUGAUUGUCUAUAAGACAGCAACGGCGCCGGUUGCAACGGCAGCAGCAGCAGCGGGGGGGUCACCAGUAUCUCGACGCACCGUAAUGAAUGUGGCAGGCGCUGGUUCGUCUGCAGCGCCCAGAACGGUUGCAUACUCAUCUGUGAUACAGAGCACACUGCAACAGCAGCACCUGCAACAACAACAACAGCAGCAGCAACAACAACAACAUCAGCAGCAGCAACAGCACUGCUGGACAAAGCCAGUGGAUGGGCAGGAUGAGAUAAAGAGUGUGUUGCAACUGCACGUCAAGCAAGAGCAUCGGCAGCUGGACUACGCCAAUGAUGCGGCUGGCAGCGGGGCAGAUAGCAGCGAGAAUCUUGUGUUUAAUCUGCCACCAGGUCUUGAGAUAAAGCAAACGUUCUAUCAACCGAGCGUCAUUGACGUAGACUCAUCCGCCUCAGUGGCGUUGCAUCAGGCACAAGCACAGGCUCAGGCCCAGGCGCAGGCAGUGGCUGCGCAGGAGCAUCUGUUGCAACAGCAGCAGGAUGCUGCCUCGCCGCAGGGUCGACGGCAGCACGUUGUGGCUAAUAUGAUAUUGUCACCGGGGACAUCGAGCAGCUUAGCGUCACAGAUUCAAACAGUGCCAAAGGAGGAUGUGAAGCCGCCACCUAAGCCAGCAAAGACGCCGCGAAAGCGACAGCCGAAGAAGACUCUAAUUCCGAGUAGCGAAUACAGUACCGUUCGCAGUCCACAGGAAUCGCAGCACCAUCAGUUGCAGCAGCAACAGCAGCACAAUCAGCAGCAACAGCAGCAGCAGCAAAAUACGUAUUAUGAUUUUAAUAGCAAAUGGAACACGCCGCUCAAAACGGAGAACAAUGCGGCAUCUGUGUCGCCAGCGACAACCAUUAACAUACCCACAUAUCCGCAGCAGAGUCAGCAACACCAGCAGUCCUCCCAACAGCAGCAGCAGCAGCAGCAGCAACAACAACAGCAACAUCUGCCGCAGCCGGCACAUUUGCAAUCAUCGCAGGCGCAAUCGCACCUUACACAGCUUGCCCAGUACUAUCCAGCAUUUCCACAGCCCAUUGCAUCCCAGUACACGGCGUGUAUGCAGCAGCAGCAGCAACAGCAGCAGCAACAGCAGCAGCAGCAGCAGCAACAACAGGUCUACACGCAACAGCAGCAACAGCAGCAGCAGCAACAGCAACAACAGCAAGUGUAUACACAGCAACUGCAGCUGCAACAACAGCAGCAGCAGCAGCAACAACAGCAGCAGCAACAUCAGCAGGAAAAGGUGGAGACUGUGCAGCAGCAGGAGGAGGAAACGGCAGCUGCAACUGCUGCCAGCGAGGCGAGCAAUAAAGUGAUUGUGCCAAACAUUGAAGAGGAACUGGACUUCUUGGCAGAUGCAAGUAGUGUGCCCAAACAGGGCUAUGCCAAUUCGCUGACCUUAAAUGGGCGCAACACAAACUCUUCGACAAACAACACAAACUUUGGCAUACGCAAUCCCAACAAAACGCCUUCACCGGAACCGCCUUCUUCCACAACGCACGAUUGCAGCAAUAAUGGUAUAACGGCAGUCAACGCAGCAACACUUGGCAACUCUGGUUCAACAGUGGCAGCGUACAGUCCUGCUGCACCUAAGCCAGUCAGUGUGGGCACCUCAAUCGGCGAGAAGAAAACACAGUUUAUGGACAGCUAUCUGAAGUUUCUUCAAGGUGAACGAGAUGAUGAUCCGCCGCCGGUUGUAAAGCCAUCCCGCAAGCUGAACUAUCCACGUGCCCCUUACAAGCGCAAGGGCAAAAGCGGUGCCGCUGAUGAGGCGUCCACAUCGCAGGCAACAGCGGCUGGUGCAGCCGUCGCGGAUAACCAGUCGGUGCAGAGUCUGGCCGGACUCGUCGACGACGAUGGGCGUCGCAUUAAAAUAAUCUCGCAAACUCAAAUACUGCCGAAAAAGAGGCCGCAUGCACAAAUGGUAGCGGCAGCUGCCGCUGCAGCAGCCGCUGAAUCAACAUCUACCUCUGUCAUACAACAUCCGUCGGCUGGCGAUCAGACGACGUCAUCGUUUCGGCCAUACGCUCAGCAGCAACAGGAUUCGCCUGGGCUGGGCGCGGCACAGCAUUUUGUGCAGCAGCAUUGCGCACAGUUGGGUGCAGGUGUUGGUGGAAGCGGGAGCGGCAGUCAAGACCCAUUAAACUUGCCGCCACGUCGGGAGCAAUGCUCCCGCAAGGCCAAGGAGAGCAGCAUGCACGCGUUGCUCUUGAAUACGUCAACUAUUGGGGAGGGCGGAGCGGUGGGUGAGCCGGAGGAGUUCACCGACUCGGACACGGAUCCCGUCUGGACACCGCAGGAAGAAGAUAGUGACGACGGCGGCAAGGGCUAUGGCAAGCGCAAAGCAACCGCGCGCCGCAUCAAGGGAACACCUCGUAAGAACACCUAUUGCCAGCCGGAAACACAUAUGCAGCAACAUCAGCAGUUGCAACAGCUGCAUUCGUCACAGCAGCAGCAACAGCAGCAGCAGCAGCAACAACUGCAUACCAACGAUGUCUAUAAUCCGCAGCAGGAUCUGCAAGGUGGGGCGGAUGUUAGCUAUGGCAGCGCAUCGACAGGAACCCCAGCCACCGCUGAGAACUUUAAAACCGGAGACUUUAUCGUUUUACGUUCGGAUUUGGUUAACGAUUGGCCCACCAUUUGGCAGGUGGACUCCAAGUGUAUAUUGCAAAAGUAUGAGCCAUUUCGACAGAACGGCAAAACCUUUUACCGCAACAUGUCCAAGUACGCUUCAUGGAAUCUAGAAACGAAGAAACUCUACCUCAAGGCCCCUGUACGCAUCCAGUUGCAAUCUCACACUGAGACAAUUGUUGAGUUUAUGCGUUCUGAGUUGCUGGCCGACGAUACCGAGCAGUUUAUUGAGAAGAUAAUGGAGGAUUUUCUAUCAUAUCGGGACAACUUUGAGAUUUAUAUACAAACGAUGAUAUCACAGGCGCUUGAUCCCAGCUUUUUCUCUGAGAUAACACGCGAGAAAGAUGACUAUUUUUUGGGAAGUGUGCGCGUAAUAGACAACAUUAUGGACAGCUGCAAGCGAAAACUGUUGGCCAUCACUCCAUGGACACGCAGCAUUAUUUCUUCCAUUGAGACAUGGCCAAAGUGUCACGUUUUCUCCGAGUGGGUGCAGAACAAUUUAACCCAAAAGAACUGUGCUGGAUGCCAUCAGCCGGGCAUUGCCGUUCGUUUCCUUUUGUUUGGGGAACCCUAUAACCCAAGCACAAUGCAGACCAUUGCUGCAGAUGCACGAAUUGUUUACGAGAAGGACAUUGUGUUGUGUCGCAUUUGUGCCGCUCGUGCGGAUCUCUUCCACAAAAUUGCACAUGAGAAGUUCAAUUUGUUCAUCAACUGUUCGCAGCGUGUAACUGAGCAGCAGCAACAGUUUCCCGGCAAAACAUCAACGGAAAUCUUGAAUGAUCUGCUAGCCGAGCACAACUGGAUAGAUGAGCUGUUCCGGAACAUGCGUAACUGUUGGGCUGAGGUCGAGAGCUUGGAGCGACAGAAGCGUUUUCGUGAAGUAAUGCAGUAAUAAUCAAUAUAAAUCAGUAAUAAGUCUUAGUGGACUUACUGCAGUGUCAGCUCCCAGCUCCAGCUGCUUGAAAAUGUAUUAUUGUAUACAACAGCGUUGCAAUAAACUCAAUGAGUUGUUAAUUAUAAUGAUAAAGCUAAUUUUAAGUUGUGCAGGUUAUUCGAGUUGCUUAUCGCAGUCUUCUCUCUGCGAUCUGCGAUCCAAUCAUGCCAUAUGUUAUGCAUAACGCAUAAGCAUGCUAUGUUAGAGUGUUUAUGCAGCGACUGGUUGUAGCUACGUAUAAAACAUAUGUAAAUAUAAUUAUAAUAUUAAUAUUCCUAAGUUUAUAACGCAAUUCUGUCAGUAACUGUCUCAUAAGCAUAAAUCAUUGCAAAUCCAAUGCAAACAUUUUGAUUGCAUACGACUUAGUUUUUUAAGUUUUAUCGUGUAUUCAUAUAAUGGCAAACAAAUUGAAUAGAUUUUUAUGUUAACGACACUUCCGAAAUUGACGUUGAAUCGUCAUAGAUAAGCGCACUACAAAAUAUUUGCAAUAUUUACCUUUAGUAUAAGUGUACACAACAGACAGCGCAGAAUUUAUAGCUUGCGGCCUUUUAAUUUUAAUUCCCAUGACCCGAGUUAUCAUUAUAUUUAGUUUUU